AUGAAAUGCAUCAAUACAGUUGUGCUUGCUUUCGGUUGGUUGUUGCCAUUGGUGUCAUCAAAAGCCAAAGAUGUUUCCCCAGCUAGUUUCAAAGUCGAGUUCAGCAUUCGAAGAGGCUCGGCUAGAGAUGUUUUAUCUCCAGUUGGAAAUUCACGCCCUAAAUUUGUGAAACGUGAUGAAGAUGGGUCACAAGAAAUUGAGUUGAUUAAUGAACAGACAUUUUACCUUGCUAAUUUGUACAUUGGAUCAAAUGAAGAUAAGAACCAAGUGCUUGUUGAUACUGGAAGUUCCGAUCUCUGGGUCAUGUCUCAUGAUCUUGAGUGCUAUGCAAGUAGUUACGGCAAAAGAAAAAGAGAUGCCAAGAAUGUGUUCAAUGUCGGUUCUGGACUCAAGUUUGUUGAAGAGAAUGAAGUAAACAAUAGACCAACAAAAUCGAGAAACAACAAAGCGAUAGUGAAAAAAGCGGAAACGAGUGCAUACAACAGCUUUACGUACCUCACUGACAGCCCGGAAGCUAGUGAAUAUCCAGAGCCUUCGUACAAUCCAUACAGUUAUUAUAGCUACGAAUCAUAUUAUGGAGGGGCAGCCACCUGUACAUAUUACGGUACAUUCAACACUGAGAACUCUGAUUCAUUUGUUCGGAAUGAUACUGACUCGUUUGAUAUUAGUUAUGCUGAUAAUACUUUUGCAUCUGGGAUUUGGGGUCACGAUACUGUUAGAAUUGGGAAUUUAAGUGUCAAAGAUUUGAGUUUUGCUGUUGCCAAUGAAUCAUCCAGUGAUGUCGGUGUAUUGGGUAUCGGGUUGCCAGGAUUGGAAGUGACAAAUGACGCGAGUGGCUACACCUAUGAAAACUUGCCCCUCAAGAUGAAGUCAGAUGGCGUUAUCAACAAAGCGUUAUACUCUUUGUAUUUGGACAUAAUUGAAGCUGAGGCAGGAACUAUUUUAUUUGGUGCUGUUGAUCAUGCAAAGUACGAGGGAACGUUAGAGACUUUGAAGUUGAGAAACACAUAUGAAGAGUACGACUACCCAGUCAAAUUUGACGUUCCGGUUGACAAGAUUGCCGUCAACAAGGACGGAAAGACGUCCACUGUUUUGUCAUCUACUGAGGGUGUUGUGUUGGACUCAGGAUCCACCUUGUCUUAUUUACGCUCUGAACAAAUUGAGAAAGUGGCUGAUGCGCUUGAUGGUGUUUACAGGUCAGACGUAAUGGCAUAUAAAGUGAGCUGUGACUAUCAAGAUGACAAAUCGAUAACAUUGGACAUCACCUUUGGAAGUAAAACGAUCAAGGUUCCAAUUUCAGAUUUGAUAUUGGAAGCAGAAUAUGGCUCGCCAUGUUAUUUAGGGCUCUUCCCAAUGUCUCCAUCCUCCACCUACAUUUUGUUUGGUGAUAAUGUGUUGAGAAGUGCUUAUGUUGUUUAUGACUUGGAAGACAAAGAGGUUCAUAUUGGUCAAGCUUACUACACUGACGAUGAAGAUAUUGAAGUUGUAGAGCAAAAUGUACCUACUGAGGGUGGUCAGAAUCCAACUUCCACUGAUGAAUCCACGACAGAGACUGAAUCUGUCAAUGGUAGAAGCAGUACUUCUGAAACUGAGGGUGGAAGAAGUACCGUGUCCGAUACUGAUGCUGUAACAAGCAGUGCAACGAGGGUGAGGUCAGUAACAAGCAGUGAGUCGGACUUAAGUCUGGAAACCAGCACUGAAUCCACAACAACCUCCUCGUCUUCAUCUUCAACCACGGCCACAGAUGGUGACUCAAAUGGUGGCUUAUGCUUGUAUUCCUCUUCAUGGAGCUGCACCCUUGCAAGUAUGUUGGCUUCACUCCCUUUCUUGAUUUGA